AUGGUCGAGUUCGAUAUGUCCGAAGAGCUCGCCACCUUGACAAUAGCAAUUUUUGUCGUAGGCUACUGCGUCGGCCCUCUGCUAUGGGGACCCCUUUCCGAGUCGUACGGACGACGACCCAUCUUCAUAAUCGCCUUCGUAUUUUACACCAUCUGGCAAGUAGCUGCGGCGCUCUCCCGCUCUACCGGGCAAAUUCUCGUCUUCCGCUUCCUGGGCGGUACGUUCGCCGCCGCACCGCUGACGAAUGCGGGUGCCGUGCUGGCGGACAUCUGGGAUGCCGAUACGAGAGGCGAGGCAAUGGCGAUCUUCACGCUGGCUCCGUUUGCGGGACCCGCCUUGGGUCCUAUCGUCAGUGGGUACAUGAGUGUCGCGCAUGUGACUUGGCGAUGGCUCUUUUGGUUGUUGAGCAUCUUCGCAGGUGCGUGUACGGUAGCAAUCAUCUUCUGUUUGCCUGAGACGUAUACGCCUGUUCUGCUCGUCUCACGAGCCAAGACCAUCCGCCUGAAAACGGGGGAGACGCGGUACUUCGCCGCCCUAGAACGUGCCGAAGUGUCUCUGCGGAAGCGGCUCUCCCUCGUCCUCGGACGUCCGUUCAAGAUCCUCUUCCUCGAGCCCAUGCUCAUCGCCAUUACAAUCUACAUGUCCUUCGGACACGGGAUGAACUCCGGCGUUUCAGGGCUGAUGUUCCUGCCCCUCUUCCUCGGAGGAUGUGCAGGAGUGGCACUCUACAUCUGGGGGUUCAAUCCUCGGUAUGAACGAUUCAUGCGCAUGUGUGAUCCUCGCCCAGUGCCGCCGGAGCGCAGGUUAGAGAUGGCCAUUGUCGGUGGCCCGUUGUUCGCCAUCAGCUUCUUCUGGUUUGGAUGGACAAGCUACCCGAGUAUCUCCUUCUGGAGCCCCAUGAUGGCAACUUUCCCCCUGGGAAUCGGAAUCACACUUAUCUUCCUAUCACUGUUCAACUACAUCAUCGACGCUUACUUGCUGGUUGCUGCCUCUGCCCUAGCGGGAAGCACCGUCGUGCGGAGCUCCUUCGGUGCGGGGUUCCCGAUGUUUGCUACCCAGAUGUUCGAUAAGCUCAGCCCAAGAUGGCCAAGCACACUCCUCGGGUGCAUCGCACUCCUUAUGAUUCCCAUUCCGGUGAUCCUGAUGCGCUACGGUGCCUUCCUAAGGCGGAAGAGCAAGUACUCCCCAACGGACUGA